UCUUUGAGAGGAAUGUUCAGUACAGAGAGAGUGUGUUCCGGCGAGACAGUGAUUCCAAAUUUCCAAAGCAAAGUGUUUCCGUUCCCGUCGGCGAAAUUACGGUCUACAGUUCCGGCUAGUGGUUGCAUUCCGCCGUCUAAAAAACGUUCGAUUUUGCUCUCUGAGAGAAUUAAGAAAAACAGACGAUAGCUUCUUCCAAAGGCUUCAGCCUGAUCCUUUGAUCUUACGGUCUACUGUCUACAGUUCCCCGGCUAAAAACACGAUUUUGCUCCAUGUCUGAGAAACGAAUGGCUGGUAGAGGGAAAUCGAUCGAAACAUGUGGCUUCUUCCUCCAAAAGGUUUACUAGUAAGAGCAUGAAGCUUGAUGGGAUAAGCGAGUUACCUGAUCCAUUGCUAUGUGACAUUCUUUCUCGUCUUCCCCUAAAGAAAGCUACAAGCAUUUUAUCCCACAGGAAUCUCUGGCUUUGCCUUCCGCGUUUGGAACUGGAUAUCCGAGAUUUCCCUAAUAAUUUCAAUGCCUUUUUGAGUCUUGGUAACCGUUUUUUCCAUUCCAAUAGGGUUUCAGGCAUAAACAAAUUCAAGGUAUAUCUUUUUGAUGACAAUGGUGCAUCCAAUGUAGAAGACGUCUCUUAUCUCACCUCAUGGAUUGAGGCUGCAGUUAAGCGUGGGGUCCAACAUCUUGAUGUUUUUUGUCCUCCGGACAUUGGUCGUUAUGAAAUCCCCACAAGCCUUUGUAUCUGUAAGACACUUGUGUCCUUAAAACUCCAUGAGGUGGUCAUGACUAAUGCUGCCGAGUUUGUUUUCUUACCUUGUCUGAAGACUAUGCAUCUCAAAUAUUGUUAUUACGGCAAAGUGGCCACUUUUGAGAGACUGAUCUCUUGUUGUCCUGUCUUGGAAAAGUUGAAGAUUGUUGAAUGUGAGACUCAAGAUUAUUAUAAGUGCAUUCAGGUGCAUUCUUUGUCAGUGAAGAAGCUCAAUAUCAAUCUACGCGAUUGUAUAGGUGGUAGUGAGAAAUACGGUGUUGUGAUUGAUGCUCCCCUAUUAGGCUCUUUGACUAUUGAUGAUGACAAAACUGAAAGUUAUAUAAUAAACAACUUGAGUGCCAAUGCCAAGUUAGAUAUCAAUCUCGAUUUUGGUUUGCAAGAUCUUGAUGAAGCAAGCGUCUCAUCGAGGAGAAGUAGCAUCCGCGAUUUUCUGCUUGGGAUUUCAAAGGUCGAGGAAAUGAUCGUAUAUCAAAACAUUUUAAAGAUCAUCUUUCAUUACUCGAAAUUAGAACCGAUGCCUCAGUUUGGUUACAUGUCCCGCCUGUAUGCUUAUAUAUAUGUACCUGAUUUGAAAUGGUUACUAACUCUUCUUGCGAGCUGCCCAAACCUGAAAUCCCUCAUCUUGGUAUGGGAUUUUUACGAAGCACAGCAGUUGCAUUCCGAAGAAAUGAAUCAUAUGAGUUUUCCAUUUGUUCCCGAGUGUUUGCUAUCUUCGCUCAAGUCUGUUGUGAUCAAAACCAGCAUCUCGGGACAUGCUUCAGAAAUGAAGAUAGUAAGGUACUUCUUAGAGAAUUCUGUAAUCCUCAAGAAACUGACUCUACGUCUGAAUGAUCGCGCAAAUGUCAAUGGCAUCUUGAAGAAGCUCCUGAAAAUCCCAAGACGCUCCAUCACAUGUGAAGUCGUUGUAAAAUGA